AUGCGAGCUAACAUCGUGUCGCCCUUGGUCUUGUUUGCCGCCGCGGUUGCAGGUCUUCAAAUCACGGCGCCCAUAGUGAACCAGAAUGUCGACAACUCGAAGUCGGUGACGGUGAAGUGGCAUGCUGUAGAGUCGGUGCUCCCCUUCCAGGGAACCGACCCCGAGACAUUCUCCAUCUAUCUAGUCAACCAAAAUGUCUACCCGCCCACGCAAGAGCUUGUUGCUUCGGAUGUUCCUAAGGACAAGGGAUCCUACACUAUCAAUGCUAAAAGUAUGGACGGCGUUGAUACCGGACAUGGUUAUCAGGUCAACUUUGUCUCCGACACGGACAACCAGGCUAUUCUCGCGCAGUCUGGGCAAUUCAAAGUGGCCGAUCACAGUGAUUUCACGUCCAGCUCUGUCUUUUACUUCCUUGUCGACUGCUUCCUCUACCACUCCGACCAUUACUCACACCUCCACCAGUGCGUCUACCCAAACCACUUCUUCAUCUACUGCUUCACCUACUACUUCUACCCAUACUUCAUCUUCUAUGACGACCUCUACUACCAGUGCGUCAAUCUCUUCCUCCUUCUCCUCCUCUUCGUCGUUAAUAUCUACCACUCCUACACCUACCACACACACUUCUUCAUUGUCGUCACUCACGACGUCUACACCUUCUUCCCCAACUUCCCCGAGCACUAUAUUCACCACAACCUCCACUACGACUUCAAUGACCCUAUCUUCCUCUACGUCGCACAGUUCCACUAA